AAAAUUCGUGUCGUUGUUAUUGUUAAAAUCGAAGGAAAAUGUAGGACAGAAUGAAUAACAUGUAACUAUUUACAAAGAUGCCGUUUUAAUUCAACGUCAAACAUGUUUUUCUUUUCUUUUUUCUUCUUUUUUUUUUUUUUUUUUUUUUUUUUGUUUUAUGUUAAGCGAUUCUCGACCCUAGCGACAAUCGGUAGACCGUCGACUUGGCACGGAAUCCUUUUGUUUUUCUCAAUAUUUUUGUGAUCCGUGAGGUUUUUAUAUAUUUCUAAUUUUACUGGGUUACUUUCUACGCAUUUUUAGUUAUUCAUUAUCAUACAUAACCUUCAUUCGCCUAUUGUUAGUCUUACUAAUCUCGCUAGUGUAAAUUCGCCCGGGAAGGUGUUUAUCAACCCGAUCUAGCCAGACACCAAGCUCAUCUAUUCUAUUUAUCAUAUCCAGUCACCAAACGAGUUUAGCCAUGCCCGUUAAUCUUUAAUAUCCAAAUAUUAGUCCCCGUCUUAACAGCUGUCCUAGUCGACGUUUCACCGGGACAAUCAGCUGUGUGUUUUGGUUGCUCUGCUCGGGUUAUUUUGCGAUGAAUGCGAGUGUGGUUUACCCAAUGCAUGGCCGACACAGCUCCGACAUGUCGCCGCAGGACGUUUUACCAGAUUCAACACAAGAUCCAGAAGAUGCACAAUUGUCCCAGAACGCAGCCUCCCCAACACGCGAAGACGAUGAUCCUCCAAGCCCUCCCUGCGCCCCAGGGUCACCGGAACAGGAAAUCGUCGAUGUGGAAUCCUACCAGCCUUGCGUUGUCGACCUCACGUGCGAAGACGAGGACGAGGAUGUGGUAGAAGUAGUUUCUCAAGAGCAGCCAGUUAUCUAUCUGGGAACAGAGCAGAGAAGAAUGGAGAGAAGAAGGAACAUCAGUGGGAAUGACACCCCUCUUGAAGUUAUAGAGGAACUGACAACAGACAGACAACACAACCCUAUCGAGAACAUUAAUGAAGACAUCAACAUAAAUGCCCUCCCUUUUGAGAGGCAACAGAAUCACUGGCCGUUCGAGUCCCAAGGUGUUGACUUCCACAAUCCAGAUCUUCUGUUCGGCAACCUCUUAGGGGACUUGCCUGUGGAAACUGUCGAAGAUAACCCCCGAGCCAGGCCUAGUGUCUUGGUGCCAAGGUUACCCAGGGAGCAGCGGCAUUCUUUCAGGCGUCAGCGAAGCAGAUCUAGAUCCCCCCAGCUUUUCCCAGACUCCCAAAGAGAUGCGCAACGAACUCCUGAGAUUGUGCAAGGUCUGGAUGAGCUCAUGGCUGAAGUGGAAGGAAGAAUGCCAGCGAGUCCUUGGGCAGCCCCCUAACACCUAUAAUGCUGCGAUGAUCGUAGCUGAAGAACAUAACCAGAGAGUUGCACGAAUCACACCACCAGAGGCACCCCCAAGCCCACCCGCACUAGAGCAGCCAACCAUUUCGUGCCUUGUCUGCUUCGAUUCCGUUGGCACCAUACAAAAAUCAUCCCGUACCUUAUGUUCCACAGUUUGUGGGCACGUCUUCUGCUCCACUUGCAUAGACGCUGUUGUAAGGCAAAAGAAACAGUGCCCUGUGUGUAGGAAAAAGUUAACAAAGAAACAGUAUCACCCUCUCUUCAUAUGAGGACUCAGACACCAAUGUCAUGAGCUCACGAUAGAAGUGCGUGUAAAUAGCAAAUAUUCCCCGGGCCGUCUUUGGCCAAG